CCGCGGGGGGCGGCGGGGCCAUGCGGAGCCCGGGCUGAGGGGCCGCGCCUCGCCAUGAAGCGGCAGAACCUGCGCACGGCAGCGCUCAUCCUCUGCAUCUUCUCCUACCUGCUGGUGGGCGCCGCCGUCUUCGAUGCUCUGGAGUCGGAGGCGGAGAGCGGCCGCAAGCGGCUGCUGGAGCAGAAGCGCGGGGAGCUGCGCAGGAAGUACCGCUUCUCCGCCGACGAUUACCGGGAGCUGGAGCGGCUGGUGCUGCAGGCCGAGCCGCACCGCGCCGGGCGCCAGUGGAAGUUCGCCGGCUCCUUCUACUUCGCCAUCACCGUCAUCACCACCAUCGGCUAUGGGCACGCUGCCCCAGGCACAGAUGCUGGCAAGGUGUUCUGCAUGUUCUACGCCAUCCUGGGCAUCCCCCUGACGCUGGUCAUGUUCCAGAGCCUGGGUGAGCGCAUGAACACCGUCGUGCGGCUCCUGCUCAAGAAGAUCAAGAAGUGUCUGGGCAUGAGAACAACCAAUGUCUCCAUGGAGAACAUGGUCUUGGUGGGCUUUCUGUCCUGCAUGGGGACCCUGUGCAUCGGGGCUGCUGCCUUCUCUUAUUUUGAGGGCUGGACUUUCUUCCAUGCCUACUACUACUGCUUCAUCACCUUGACCACCAUCGGCUUCGGAGACUUUGUGGCCCUGCAGAAGAACGAGGCGCUACAGAAGAAGCCACCCUACGUGGCGUUCAGCUUCAUGUACAUCCUGGUGGGGCUGACGGUCAUCGGUGCCUUCCUCAACCUGGUGGUGCUGCGCUUCCUCACCAUGAACUCAGAAGACGAGCGGCGCGACGCCGAGGAGAGGGCUUCACUCAGGAGGGCCCGCAACGCCAUCCACCUCACAGCCAAGGAGGACGGGCGCAGUAACAAGGCCAUCUUUCUGCCGGCGGAGGACAGGACCAGCCAGAUGAACCUGAUCCCGCUGGUGCAGGAGGACGCGGAGCGGCAGCGGCGGCAGUCGGCCAACGGGGAGGGCAAAGUGCCGGCCUUCUGCACCUGCCUGUGCUACCGGGCCCCGCUGUGCGGCAGCCCUGCACCCUCCCACCCCGAGACCUUGAGCUGCCACACCAACCCUGUCUACUACAACUCCAUUUCCUACAAAAUCGACGAGGUGUCGCUGAGCACACGAGGACAGACUGGCUCGUCCCCGGCCAGCACGUUGUCAUCGGGCAGCGCUCGGUGCCCGCGGCACCCACAGCCACGCAGGAAAUCCAUCUAGCAGCCUCGCUGUGCUGAUGAACAAUUAACAGAGGAAUCGGGCCCCUCUGACCUCUCAUUUCUUCUGUUCCUCUCUCCCAGCUGGCAACCAGCCCUACAUGGGGGACCCUGGGCCUGGAGGUGGCAUCGCUCCUCCAGCAGGGUGCCAGCCUCAAUUACGCACUGUUUGGUUUUCCUUCCUCCCAAGCAGGCUCAAGCAUUUGAGUCUGGAAGAGGCCCCAUCAGCAGGAUGUAGGUUUGCUUUCCCACCUGCCUGCUCUCAAAAUGAAGGCGUUGCUGCCUUGGUCAUUGAGAUGCGGUCACUGCCUCUUGCCACACAGGCUGUCACAUAUGCCAAGAGCACCACAAUGGCCAAACACACGUUAGCAAGUCCCGCAGGGCUGAAGACAUCCCACAGGCUGUUCCCUGGGCACAGAUGAGGCAGCGCCAUGCAAGGACAGGACCCAAGGUGGGCUGCAGUUCUCUGGCUGAUGGCAGUAUAGCUGGGGAAGGGAUUUAGAAGCCCUGGAGCUGAGCUCCAUGCAGCCACCUGCCAAGAGGUCCCCACACAGACUGCUUGGUGGGAAGGACUGCAGCCAAACCUGUGAGCCCAGGCUGUGCUGAGGACUCAGCCCCAGAGAGCUCCUCCUUGAACCAUGCAGCCACCUGCACAGGGUCAGGUUCAUACCAGGACAUUAGCAAAGAGCCCCAGAGAGGAGGCUGCUUCCAGCUGGUGCUCCAUGCCCUGUCCCACCCUGCGGGAGAGCAGGGCUGGGCUCUGGCAGUGGGAGCAGCUUUGCUUCACUUUUUUGUUUUCCCCCAAUAAACAGAUGUUUUCACUCAGUUCUAUCUAAAAUCCCCCUUGUGUGAUUUUCCUCUCCAUUUUGCCUCUGGUGGGGAAGGCAUGCAGAGUACCCACACCAGGAUGGCUUCAGAACAGGCUUUGCUUUCUCCUUUUUGUUCUGGGAGGUUUGACAAAAGGUGAACCCAGCUGCUGCUGGACAAGUGUUUGUCACAGGAAAGGAGCAGAUGUGCCUGAGCCCAAAGCCCAGCACCCUGCCAGACUCCCCGUGCCCUGCCAUGGCUGGGCUGUGGAUGUCCAUGGGCAGGGAUGUCCCUGGGGGAGGUCACUGGUUGCUUAGUGACUGAGCCCAUCCUGUUUCUGGGAGCUGGUGAUGGUCUGAGGGUGGGAGGUGCCAUUCAUCACUCCAUGUGUCACACAGGACCAGGGAUCCAUUGGGGCUGGAGCUGCAGCAGGAGGGUGGUGGGGAGCUGCCCUGCCAGUCCACACCGAGGUUGGGUAAGAAACUCUGAGGGGAGUGGCACUCCGCAAACCCUCCUGCACCAGGACUGCAGUCCCAGUCCCCCCAGGGACGCUCCUUCCCAGAGGUGCCCACACUGCCCUGAACACACAUCCCAUCCCUCUUUGAAUUCCCACCAUCCCGGGGCACAGUACUGUUCUUCUGCCAGCAACACAUUAUGUUCCAGGGUUUCCAAAUCAAUCUACCGUGGCCAGUGUGACCAUGAAGGGUCCCCACAGAAUACAACAGCAAGAGCAGAAGGCUUCUGCCUGGAGUAAAAACAGAAGAGAGCUCAGCUGUGUGCCUGCAGAUGCCCACAGACAAAUGAUGUCUGGAAAUGGCAGAGAGGAAUGCAGGAUUGAAAUUAGGGUGGGUUCAGAGAGAACCCAUCUGCUGAGAGCAUCAGGAAGGAGUCCGGG